AUGAGUAGUUAAGAUCUUGAAUUUGUGUAAGAGAAUUUGUAAGUUCUAAUCAAGAGCGUGUAAGAGCUGUAAAAUUAAUUUUAGGGGAAGGAGAACCAAGAACAAAUACAAAUAAAUAAACAAAAAUGUCAAAAGUUAAUCGAUGCAUUAACUAUCAAAUUUAAAUAAGGGAAAUUCAAUAAAUCUGAAAACAUGACCAUUUAAAUGCUAAAAAAAGAAUAUGCCAAGCAACAAAAUAUUUUUAUUGAGAUCACAAAGUCAAUAAGAAAUCCUAAAUAGAUAAACUCAAAUGAGGGAAGAGAACUCGAAAUGCAAAAUGCGAAGAAAAUGAAUGGAAAAUCCACUUAUGUUUAUGAUGAAGAUACCAAUUAUGAUGAGGAAGAUUCAGGAGACAAAGGACCAAAUUUGGAGUAAUUGUCAGAAAUGGAAGUCCAUCCUGAUAUUUAACACAAGGCAAUGUUGAUUCAAGAACAAUAAGAAGAAAUAGAUUAAAUUCAAAAGGAUGCCUUGGAAGUACUCAAAAUCUAAACUGAAGUGGCUCGGGUCGUGGUGGAUUAAGGUAAGAUGUUAGAUGUUGCUGAAAAUAAUAUCAACGUUUCAAACAAAAAUGUUAAAGAAGUAGUUGUUGAAUUAGAAGGAGCAAAAGUAGAGCAUAAAUAAUACAUGAAGAAACUUGGUGGAGCUAUAUGUAUUAUCCUUAUUGUGGUGGCAGUUAUUGUAGUUUGUGUAAAGCUUAUUUGA